AUGACGGUUCUGAUGCUGCCAUGGUUAGGGCAUAGCCAUGUGUCAUCUUACCUGCAGCUUGGGAAAAGACUGGCAAGAAGAGGCGUUUCUAUAUACCUAUGUUCAACACCUGUCAAUCUAAAAUCAGUCCAACAAGCCCUUGUCAAUAACCCCUCCAUAAAAACAGUCGAGCUUCAUCUUCCCACCUGGCCGGAACUUCCUCCACAGCACCACACAGUAAAUGGCCUCCCACCAAACCUCUUGUCAACUCUCAAGAAGGCUUUUGACAUGGCAGCCCCUGAAUUUUCCCAUAUCCUUCAAACCCUAAAACCAGAUUUGCUUAUAUAUGAUGUUUUCCAAUACUGGGCGCCAGAAGUUGCUCUGCCCCAGAAUGUUCCAUCAGUUCUGUACAUCACAUCCGGCGCCGUGACAGCCUGUCACUUCCAUCAUCAACACAACAACCCUCACUCCCCUUUUCCCUUCCCUGAAAUAUAUUUCACAGACUAUGAGAAGGCAAAGAAUGAGAAUUCCUUUAAAGUAAAUGCUCAUGGCAUGACAACUCUAGAACGUGUCAGCUCUUGCGUUAGUCAAUCGCAAAUGGUUUUAGUCAAGAGCUGCAAUGAGAUAGAGGAAAAGUAUAUCCACUAUCUUUCCACUCUUUCUGGGAAAAAAGUUCUACCAGCUGGUCUAAUUGUUUCUGAAACUGUUGAUUGGAAAGAAGAUGAGGACACCGAGAUCUUUGAAUGGCUUAACAAGAAAGAUAAGGCAUCAACGGUGUUUGUUUCAACCGGGACCGAGUGUCACUUGUCAAAGGAAGAUGUUGAGGACAUAGCUAAUGGCCUAGAGCUAAGUGGCGUAAACUUCAUAUGGUUUGUUAAGUUUCCGGAUGGAGAUUUCAUGGGGGAGUUUCUCAAAAAAUUCCGCGAGAGAAAUAUGGGAGAAAAGGGAAUAAUUUUAGAGACCUGGGCACCUCAGGCAAGGAUAUUACAGCAUUCAAGCAUCGGGGGGUUCGUGAGUCAUUGUGGAAGGGGUUCUGUGACUGAAGCCCUGGCAUAUGGCGUUCCCAUAAUUGCGAUACCAAUGCAAUACGAUCAGCCACUUAAUGCUAGAGUGCUGGAGGAGGCCAAAUUGGCCGAGGAGGUUAAGAGAGAUAGCAAUGGGAGGCUUCAAGAGGGCAAUAUUGCAAAAGUCAUAAAGAAAAUUGUGUUCCACCAGGAUGGGAAUGAAAUAAGGAGGAAGAUCAAAAAUUUGAGUGCGAGCCACAAGGAGAAUGAAGACAAAUAUUUAGAUAUAGUUGUGGAUGAAUUGCAUAAACUUUGUAAUAUCUAG